AUGCAGUGCAACUUGAAAAUGAUCGACCCAAGUGGCAAAGGACUUUGCGACUGCGAACGCCCAGCGAAUUCCCGAAAGUCCAUCAAGUUCCAAGUCGUCGUCAAGACAAUCUGCCCGCUUCAUCCAGAGACGCUAUAUUUCAUCCAACGCGCCUCAAUGAUGCGAGUGCCAAUCGAGCUCAUUCCUUACAAUCACAGAGAAAUCUCCCUCUUCAACAGUAGGAAAAUGGCUGCGUGCGUGAAUGUAACAGACCAUCCGGUGAUAAGACGAGCACUGAAUGAUUUGGGCGACUACUCGGCGGGCGAAUGCGCUAGAAACAAGCUCUUAGCGCGACAGCUGCUCGCUGAAAAUUUGCGAAGAUACGUGCUCUUCUCCCUUCAUAACGGAAAACUAGAAAAGCACUGGCGAGCGCAGUUGGAAACUUUUCUCAGAAUGGGUCCAAAAGUCAAAUUAUUUGACUACUCUCGCGACGGGGUGAUCGCCUUCCAUUGGAGCUCACAGCCAAGAGAACGCUUGGAGAAAAACGCAUUCGAGGAUUUGGCAGCGCUCGAACGACUCAAGCGCUACGAAUACUUCGGCGGGGACGAGCCCGAUGUAAUCGACUGCGAAAUUGCAGCAACCCUUCUUUGGUUGGCGCACGAGAAAGACACGCGCAUCUCAAAAGCGCUCCGAAAUUCGCGAAUGUGGUGCCAGUACUUGCGACGAAUGGAGAAGAUUUUAACCCAAGCCAAUACCAACUGCCAAAACCUAAGCCUUCGCCUCAUUCAUUGCAGUGCUGGCAGCCUCUUUGAAAUCGCCAUCAAAUACACUCCCACCGCCUUUAUCCUCAGCGGACUUGCAAUCGCGCUGAUUGCUUGCUUCAGAGGAGCCAAACUGUAA